AUGAAUCAAAUUCGCGCAAUCCAAGCGCUCAACAAGAAAGAGAUUGAGAACGGGAUCUCCCCGGAGGCAUCUUGGCAUCGUGAUUAUCGCAACACCGCUUUCGUUUACUUUGGCGGACUGCCAUACGAGCUCUCCGAAGGCGAUAUCAUCACGAUAUUCUCUCAGUUCGGCGAACCGACGUUCCUCAAACUUGUCCGAGAUAAGGAAACGGGCAAGUCGAAAGGCUUUGGCUGGCUCAAAUACGAAGAUCAGCGCAGCACGGAUCUCGCGGUUGACAACCUUGGCGGCGCCGAAAUCCAAGGCCGACUCGUGCGUGUGGACCAUGCGGAAUACAAGGCUAGGGAUGACGAGGAUCAAGGCGAAUUCAAGGUCGGAUGGGAGGAUAUCAUGAAGAAGGAGGGACACGAUCUCGAGGAGGAUGCACCCAGCAGCGAGGAGGAAGAACGCCGCCCUGCGCUACCCGAAGAAAGAGAACUUGCCCUCUUGAUGCGAGACCACGACGACGAUGACCCCAUGAAGCCUUUCUUAAUAGAGGAAAAGAAGAAAGAAGUCGCUUCGAGAUGGGGAAGAUCGCCCAAGAAGAUCGCGACGGGAUGA